GGAACGAGAAGAACAAAUUCAAUGGCGGGAUGUUUAGUUGCUGCGAUCUGAACUUUAUGUGAAGUAAAUUGAAUUAGAUGUGACACAGAGUUAGUGCGAAAAUGUGCGAGAAAAGCAAAAUCGUGACCCAGUGGCUCAGGAAGGUGUUUGGGCAGCAGCCGGUACCGGAGUUUGAAGUGAACACACGCACGGUGGACAUCCUGUAUGAGCUUGCUGAAAGCAGUGAGAUGAGAUGCAGAGAGGUUGAGAUGCUCAUCGAGGACCACGAGCAGAAAACAGAGGAGUACAGCAGUGAUGGAGCACAUCUUCAAGAAGUGCUUCUCCAGGGAGUAGGACUGCAGGCCGGAGCACUUUCCAAACCCACAGUGGACCUGCUGUCAGCACUGGAGGGAACUGCUGAAGUGCUUAAACUUAGAGACACAUCACUUGGGAGUUAUAUGCCUGCAAUUAAUAAACUGACCAAUGACGUGCUGGAGGCAGAGAAAACGGACCGGAGGUUGCAACGGGAACUUGCUGCUGUUAGAAAGAAAAUGACCGCCGCAGUUGUUCUUCGUAAAAAACUUCAGGAUGAUUUGAUGAAGAUCACACAUAUACAGCAGGUGGAGGCAGCUACAGCAGAGGAGAGGCUUCUGAACAUGGACUUUAUGAAGAAUAAAUCCAAAGAUCUCUCUUGCAGGAAUAAGAUUGCACAGGAAAAGCUGGACUCACGGCAGAUGGAGGAUUCUCUUACCCAUCAGGCCAUCCUGCAGUUAUCAGAGAAAAUCGCAGCUCUGAAAGAGGAAACACUACCUUUGAAGAAGAAACUAGAGCCGUAUAGUGACUUGAGCCCUAGUCCAGCUCUUGCGCGUGUGAAAAUCGAGGAAGCCAAAAGAGAGCUGGCUGCCCUGGAUGCCCAGCUGGAGCAGAAAGUGGACUUCAUAAACACUUUAUCUCGAUAAUAUAAAAUAUCUAAUAAUAAAAAAAUAAGCGUGUUAAUAAAUGUAACGUGUAAGUUGUACCAUUUGCAAUAAACGCA